AUGUCGCUUGCCGCGGCUGACCGCCCAACUGAGGGUGCUCGGAAGGACCCAGCGCUUCUGGAGUUUACGAAGACUCUCUCCGCGGUCGCCCGGGCCUCCCGAUGGCGGAAGGCUUUGGCCGCCCUGAAGGGUGCUGGCACCGCACUCCUCGAGGUAGAUGCCUUUGCCUGCAGCGCUGUCAUCACCGCCUGCGACCGGAAGAGUGUGUGGUUUGGCGCGCUGCAGCUCUUUGGGUACAUCGGCCGGCAGUCGCUACAGGCUGACACCCCGUGCCUGAGCGCAGCUUUGGGGGCUGUGGCGCGGUCGAAUCUUUGGGAGCAAGCCGCCCUCAUCGAGCAAGAGCGCAAGCAUCGCCACUUGCCGGCCUCCGCGACGGCCGCUGGGAAUUUGAUGUUUGCCUAUCGUGGUGGCCACAGCCAGUGGACAAACGCUCUGGGCCUGCUGGCUGACUUGCCGUGCCAGCACGUGCAGGCUGAUGCCUUCCUGGCCAAUGCGGCCCUGGCCACCUGCGAUGGUGCCGAGGAAGCUGCGCAGCUCCUGGUGUCCCACAUCCCGAGCCUGCGGAUCCAACCUGACAUCGUCUCAUUCAACUCGGCGCUUAGCUGCUGUGCACGUGGCAGCCAUUGGCGCUUAGGCGAGGAGCUUGUGGCAGCUGCCCAAAGCUCCCAAGACCUGGACGACGUUUCAUGCAACUCCCUGGCAGAUGCCUUCGACAAGGCUUCACAGUGGCUGCGCGCAUCGCAGAUGCUGCUCCGCAUGCAAAGCCGCCGCUUACGGCCUGACCGCUUCACCGCCAGCAGUGCCACCAGCGCAGCCUCUCGGGCCGAGGCGUGGGAGUCGUCCGUCGCGAUGUUUGGGGGCGUGCAGGGCCUGGGGAUCCAGAUGGACCUGGGCAAUUUCAACGUGGCCGUCUCUGCCUUUGGGCGCGGCUUGGGCUGGAAGUCGGCUCUGGCAGCCCUUCGCGCCUGCGACAGCCCCGACCCGGUCACGUGGACUGCCGUCCUCACCGCCCUGACUGGCGCUGGGCAAUGGGUCUUGGCCUUGGCCUUGGUUACAGAGGCACCGUGCCUCAAAGAGGAUCGCUUAUCCUGGAUCGCAGUCCUCCUUUGCUGCGCGCGGGCGCGGCAAUAUGAGGCGAUGUGGGCGCUUCUACGCAGUUUGCGGGCGCGGGGCCUUGGGCCCACGGCCCGGGAGCUGGAGGAGCUCCUGGCGGCGUGCAAGGACGGCUGGGCUCUCUCCUUGGCGAUCCUUGCAGCAACGCAGCCCCAGGGUGGCAAGGCCUACAGCAUUCUCAUGAGACAGGGGCCACCGUGGCCUUUUGCCCUGGAGGUCCUCACGGAAGACAAGACGGCCGCCUUGACGUCGGACGUGGUGUCGCUGCUUCUGGCCGAGGAGAAGUGGAAGUACGCCUUGGCUGCUCUGGGGCAGCUCUCACGUUCCUCGGUAAGGCUGGAUGUCCCGAGCUUGAACAGCAUCGCCCACGGCCUUUCUGGCACAAGUACUAAGGGAAGCUGCUGGCAGCUGUCACUGGACAUGGUGGCGGGGAUGCGGGCUAGGUCCCUUCAGCCCAGCGCCGCCUCUCUGACAUCGGCCUCGGCGGUCUCCGGGUGUUGGGCUUCGGCGUGUCUGCUGCUUUCGGCGCUUCUCGCCGAGGGCUUGCGCGUGGAUGUUGUCGCCGGCAACGUGAUCCUCGGUGAUCUUUCGACCGCCUCGCGAAGAAGCCGUUGGUCACAGGCGCUGUCCACGCUUUCUUCGUUCGAGGCCCUUGGACUCCGACCAGAUCAGGUGACCUUCUCCGCCGUGAACCAUGCCGCUACCCUGAGAAUGUCAUGA